AUGCGCCUUGCAGCGGCAGCCGGUUCUGGCCGGAACCGGUUCUGGCCUGCCAAGAGCGCGCACGUCAACAGAGAGAGAGAGAGAGAGAGAGAGAGACGCCCAGGUAGCACGGGCACUGCUUCGUGUUGCAUUGCGCCUUGCAGCGGCAGCCGGGGAACCGGUUCUGGCCUGCCAAGAGCGCGCACGUCAACAGAGAGAGAGAGAGAGAGAGAGAGACGCCCAGGUAGCACGGGCACUGCUUCGUGUUGCACUGCGCCUUGCAGCGGCAGCCGGGGGAACCGGUUCUGGCCUGCCAAGAGCGCGCACGUCAACAGAGAGAGAGAGAGAGAGAGAGAGAGAGAGACGCCAGGUAGCACGGGCACUGCUUCGUGUUGCACUGCGCCUUGCAGCGGCAGCCGGGGAACCGGUUCUGGCCUGCCAAGAGCGCGCACGUCAACAGAGAGAGAGAGAGAGAGAGAGAGAGAGAGACGCCAGCGGCAGCCGGGGAACCGGUUCUGGCCUGCCAAGAGCGCGCACGUCAACAGAGAGAGAGAGAGAGAGAGAGAGAGAGACGCCCAGGUAGCACGGGCACUGCUUCGUGUUGCAUUGCGCCUUGCAGCGGCAGCCGGGGAACCGGUUCUGGCCUGCCAAGAGCGCGCGCACGUCAACAGAGAGAGAGAGAGAGAGAGAGAGACGCCCAGAGAGAGAGAGAGAGAGAGAGAGGAGAGACGCCCAGGUAGCACGGGCACUGCUUCGUGUUGCACUGCGCCUUGCAGCGGCAGCCGGGGAACCGGUUCUGGCCUGCCAAGAGCGCGCACGUCAACAGAGAGAGAGAGAGAGAGAGAGAGAGCCCAGCGGCAGCCGGGGAACCGGUUCUGGCCUGCCAAGAGCGCGCACGUCAACAGGGAGAGAGAGAGAGAGAGAGAGAGAGAACGGUUCCCAGGUAGCACGGGCACUGCUUCGUGUUUGCACUGCGCCUUGCAGCGGCAGCCGGGGAACCGGUUCUGGCCUGCCAAGAGCGCGCACGUCAACAGAGAGAGAGAGAGAGAGAGACGAGACGCCCAGGUAGCACGGGCACUGCUUCGUGUUGCACUGCGCCUUGCAGCGACAGCCGGGGACCGGUUCUGGCCUGCCAAGAGCGCGCACGUCAACAGAGAGAGAGAGAGAGAGAGAGAGAGAGACGCCCAGGUAGCACGGGCACUGCUUCGUGUUGCAUUGCGCCUUGCAGCGGCAGCCGGGGAACCGGUUCUGGCCUGUCAAGAGCGCGCACGUCAACAGAGAGAGAGAGAGAGGCAGCCGGGGAACCGGUUCUGGCCUGCAAGAGCGCGCACGUCAACAGAGAGAGAGAGAGAGGCAGCCGGGGAACCGGUUCUGGCCUGCCAAGAGCGCGCACGUCAACAGAGAGAGAGAGAGAGGCAGCCGGGGAACCGGUUCUGGCCUGCCAAGAGCGCGCACGUCAACAGAGAGAGAGAGAGAGAGCAGAGCCCCAGG